AUGUACUUCAGCUGUAUUAAGAAGCCUGGGAAAAGCAUCACACAAGGUUCAGAAGGCGGUUCAGUUGUCAGUGAUCUGACAGGGCCUACAACCGGAUCCGGCAACACUGACUCAGGAAGCACCAAGUGGACACCACUGGAGAAGCAAACCGAGCAGAAGAAUCCCCAGAUCAACUCCAUUUUUCAGCCCUACCUUGACAAGGUGAACAGCAAACAAGUCAAGACAGCUCUGGCAAGAACUGGUGGAGGACCCCAAGUUACCCGGAACGGAAGAUCCAUCAACAUGUGUGUGUCCUACCAUCUGAAAGGCAAGUGCUGGAGUGGAUGCCAACGCAAGGACGACCAUGGGCAGCAUACACCUGACGAGGACAACCUGCUUCUAAAUUGGUGCCAAGCGGCCUAUCCAGCAGACAGCUGA